UCCGUCCAGCUCGCCUCCUCCUCCGCUCGACCCGCUAAGGUCGCAAUUCAGCAGCAGGAAUCCCGCUCGACGCCUUCGUUUGACGGCCAGACGCCCACGGAGAUUCACGGAAACCCCGUGAAAAGAGGUGGCUCAGCUUCACUCAGACGAGCCCUGAUGUAGCAGUGCUGCGGCAGGCAGCGGUCGCCCUCUCUCUACCUCCAGUCCUCAGUGCCUCGCUGCAUGACCACAGAUGACAGAUGACUGGCUCGCCACGGCCGCCUCAGCUCAGCUUUCAGCUCAUCCUCUGCAGAAGGCGCAGCAGCAAACCGUUGAGCACAUAGAAGCCGAGCACCUCCACCCGGGCCGGCGGAGGUGUUGACGGGGCUGCCCCGCUCCCCUUUCCUCGCUUCCACUCCUCCACAACAUAUAUUUAUCUCUUUACACUUUUUCUCCUGGUUGGUUUGAGUCCGGUCCUGCCGGCCACGCGAGUUUUCAAAACUGGGGCGCAAUUCAUGGGAUGCAACCAUGUCGGAUCUUAGUGAGCGCAGGCCGGUCAACACGGACUACGCUGUCUCCCUGCUGGAGCAGCUCAAGUUCUUCUACGAACAGAAGCUACUGACGGAUGUGGUGCUGCUGGUGGAGGACAGCGAGUUCCCGUGUCACAAGAUGGUCCUGGCCACGUGUAGCUCCUAUUUCAGGGCGAUGUUCAUGAGUGGCCUCAGCGAGAGCAAGCAGACCCACGUGCACCUGAGGAGCGUGGACCCGGCCACGCUGCAGAUCAUCAUCACCUACGCCUACACCGGGAACCUGGCCAUCAACGACAGCACGGUGGAGCCGCUGUACGAGACCGCCUGCUUCCUGCAGGUGGAGGACGUCCUGCUGCAGUGCAGAGACUACCUGGUGAAGAAGAUCAACGCGGAGAACUGCGUGCGCAUGCUGAGCAUCGGCGACCUGUUCAGCUGCAGCGAGCUGAAGCAGAGCUCCAAGCGCAUGGUGGAGCACAAGUUCCCCAUGGUGUACCGGCAGGAGGCGUUCCUGCAGCUGUCCCACGAGCUGCUGGUGGACGUGCUGAGCAGCGACAACCUCAACGUGGAGAAGGAGGAGACGGUGCGCGAGGCGGCCAUGCUGUGGCUGGAGUACAACAUGGAGGAGCGCUCGCAGCACCUGUCGUCGGUGCUGAGCCAGAUCCGCAUCGACGCGCUGUCGGAGGUGACGCAGCGCGCCUGGUUCCAGGGCCUGCCGCCCAACGACAAGUCGGUGGUGGUGCAGGGCCUCUACAAGUCCAUGCCCAAGUUCUUCAAGCCGCGGCUGGGCAUGACCAAGGAGGAGAUGCUGAUCUUCAUGGAGGCCAUGUCGGAGGCGCAGGGCGAGGGCUACGUGAUGUCGCUGGCCGUGCCCACCUCCAUCGUGUGCUACAGCCCGCAGGCCGAGAAGGUUUACAAGCUGCGCAACCCGCCGGGCGACCUGCAGAAGGUGGGCACCCUGGUCACCCCCGACAACGACGUGUUCAUCGCCGGCGGCCAGAUCCCGCUCAAGAACUCCAUCGCCAACCACAGCAAGAGCGGCAAGCUGCAGACGGUGUUCCGCUCCGUGGACAGCUUCUUCUGGUUCGACGCGCAGCAGAACGCCUGGCUGCCCAAGACGCCCAUGCUGUGCGCCCGCAUCAAGCCCUCGCUGGUGCACUGCGACGGCUACAUCUACGCCAUCGGCGGCGACAACGUGGGCGGCGAGCUGAACAAGCGCACGGUGGAGCGCUACGACUGCGAGAAGGACGAGUGGAGCAUGAUGAGCCCGCUGCCCUUCGCCUGGAACUGGAGCACGGCGGUGGCGGCGCACGGCUGCAUCUACGUCAUGACGCAGGACCUCAUGUACUGCUACUUCCCGCGCGCCGACGCCUGGGUGGAGAUGGCCAUGCGCAAGAGCAGCCGCUGCUUCGCCUCGGCCGCCGCCUUCGGCGACCUCAUCUUCUACAUCGGCGGGCUGCACGUGGUCGGCAACUCGGGCGUGCGCAUGCCCACCAGCACCAUCGACGGCUCCUCCGUCACCGUGGAGAUCUACGACGUCAACAAGAACGAGUGGCGCGCGGCGGCCAACAUCCCGGCCAAGCGCUACUCGGACCCGUGCGUCCGCGCCGUGGUGCUGCUCAACUCGCUCUGCAUCUUCAUGCGGGAGACGCACAUGAACGAGCGCGCCAAGUACGCGCUGUACCAGUACGACGUGGAGCUGGACCGCUGGUACCUGCGGCAGCCCGUGUCGGAGCGCGUGCUCUGGGACCUGGGCAAGGACUUCCGCUGCGCCGUGGGGAAGCUGUACCCGUCCUGCCUGGAGGAGUCUCCGUGGAAACCGCCCACCUACCUGUUCUCCCCCGACAGCGCCGAGGAGUUCGAGGUGGACGGGGAGCUGGUGACGCUGCCUCACGUAUAGCUCCGGUGGAACAGCUUUGUUUAUUCUCCGGAGCGAUGGCUGGACCUGAAUCUGUUGCUGAUGAGACUCUGAGCGAAGGAGAAGCUCCGGUUCCUCCGGUUCCUCUCCUUCGCUCUCCUUCGGUCCAUCGCUG